AUGUCUGACACCAAGGAAUUCACCUACUCAGACGUCUCCGAACACACCACCAAGAAGGACCUCUACCUCGUCAUCCACGACAAGGUCUACAACUCCUCCAGCUUCGUGGAUGAGCAUCCUGGAGGUGAAGAAGUGCUCCUCGACGUCGGCGGUCAGGACGCUACCGAGGCUUUCGAGGACGUCGGCCAUAGCGAUGAGGCGCGCGAGAUCCUCAAUGGCUUGUUGAUUGGGAACCUCAAGAGACAGGAGGGUGACCCCCAACCCAAAUCCGCCGCACAGCAAGUCGCCGACACCAGGAAGUCGUCCCAGUCCAGCGGCGGCUUGGGCGUGGGUGUCUACGCGGUGAUCAUCGUCGGUGCCGCGGCGGCGUUCUUCGCAUACCAGUACCUCCAGGAAAUCGUGACACCGUAG